CAGGCUAAGGAAGAAGCUAAAAGGGCGAAACAGCUCGAAAGAGCUGAAAAAAAUAGAUUGGCAGCCAUACAGAAGCAGCAACAGAGGGCUGCAAAAGCAGCAGCAAAAGCGCCACUGAGUCAGCCCAACACUGUCCAGCUCAUGCCAGAUGGAACUACUAGGAGGCCACGGAUUGAGGCAUCACAGCAGCCCACACAAGGAUGUGGAGGAUCGCAAAAUGUAAGCCAAGUGACUCAAGAGCACGAGUGAAGAUUAGAUGAAGUUUAGGUCCAAAUGAUAAUUACCAUUUUGAAGCCUCCAAUUGGCUAGUAAUGUAGACGUUGAAUGUUGCUUUGUCGUAUUAGAUAGCCUAUUAGAUAAUGGUGAAUUGCUCUUUUGGAAAAACACUGUCCUCGAGGCUAUAAUUAUCAUUUGGACC